AUGCCAGCGGUGACUGCGUGCCAUGAUGUCAGUGACCCGAUAUCUGGCUUGACAAUUGUAAUAACUAACAUUAACUCCUCUUUGGGCCUCACAGAUUUGGAAAGUCAGGGUUUUGGCAUCCGAGUUACGAACGCCAGUGACACGAGCUUGAACCUGACGUGGGACAGCGACAAUACUGCGUCAUCCUACAAAGUACAAGUUGUGGAGAAGACUGGGUCCGUCACUUUAACCGUCAAUGAGACCCACUCUCUCAUUUCUGGUCUUAUACCCGGCACCUUAUACAACAUCACCGUGUAUACUGUACCAUAUAAUGGUUCUGAGAGUGCAGCCAGCUUUCUCCAAGUGUAUACACUAGCAAAGACACGCAAGAAGCCGGGUCGGGUUGAUUUUACUGUUAAACCCACCAUGGACAACUUCAUGAAGGCUUCCACAACCAAGACGUCGUCACCACCUCCGGGUCCAGUCUCUGACUUUCAUGUGACAAGUGUCACCACAACAGAAAUCGGCUUGGCGUGGAGUAGUAAUAACUCGGAAUCCUUUCGGAUCAUUACCACAUGGGAUGGAUCUGGAGAGCCUUGGGCUAAAACAACCAUCACAGCCAGCUCCAGUAUUGUUAUUAGUGGCUUAAACCCUGGGACCAAGUAUAAUUUUGAAAUAGUUCCACAAGGACCAAAUGGGACAGAAUGGCCACCUCUGAGAGUUCAUGCUUAUACCAAACCUCCUCCAGUCUCUGGUCUCCGCGUCACCGUCGUGGGAGUGACGGACGUUACUCUUACUUGGAUCAGUGACAAUGGCACUGAUAACUGCAGGAUGCAGCUUGAAAGCGUUGGAGGCCAAAAGGAGAUGGUGGUCAAUAUCUCAAAUCUGAAGCCAGGGACUCGACAGAACGUCUCCCUCUCUUCUCCAGAGUCAAGUAAAAGACAGGAAAAUCCAGAAGAAGCCAACAACCCAGAGAGAAGCCCAAGGGAGGUGCCGCCUGCGGCCCCUGGGGACGGAUACAGCCUUGGGCCUGCAGACCCUUCUUCUCACCAGGACUCCCGGGCCACGGAAGUCCGGCUUGUUGGAUUGAAGCCUGGCAUGCCGUACAAGGCCACCGUUUUCUCUCAGGCAGCAGAUGGCACUGAAGGACAAGCCCAGGACAUAGAGUUCAGGACAAAAUCUAAUUGUCAGGUUUUUGACAUCCAAGUUGUGAAUAUCAGUGCCACAAGCAUGAAACUGACCUGGAAAAUCAAGAAUCGUGUUUCAACCUCCAUCUACACCUUCAAAAUACAAGUUGUCGGGGAGACCCAGUCCUUCAAUCUUACGGCCAAUGAGACCCAAGUUCUCAUUGCUGGCCUCACGUCUAGCAGCUUGUAUAACAUCACCAUGUAUCCUGUGCAGGAUGGGGGUUCAGAAGGCACACCUGGCUCCCUCCAAGUGUAUACAACUCCGGGUCCGGUCUCUGACUUCCACGUGACGAGUGUCACCACCACGGAAAUCGGCUUGGCGUGGACUAGCAAUGAUUCGGAAUCCUUUCGGAUUGUGACCACGCAGGCUGUAUCCGGAGAACCUGGGGAUGAAACCAUCACCUCCGACCACAGUAUUGUUAUCCGUGGCUUAACCCCUGGGACAAUGUAUAAUUUUGAAAUAUUCCCACAAGGACCAAAUGGGACAGAGGGGCCAUCUCAAAGCAUUAACCAUCAAACCAAGUUCAGUGCGGUGUUUGAAAUCCGCAUGGUGAGUGUCACCAUGACCGAAAUGCGUUUGGAGUGGAAGAGCACAGACAGUGCUUCACUGUACACCUACCAAGUACACGUACAGUCCAAGGUCAGCUUUACUAAAACAACCAGAGAGAAAGCGAUCACUCUCCAACAGCUAUCACCAGGCACCUUGUAUAACAUUACAAUCACUCCAGUAGUGCAUGGUGUCCAAGGGAACUCCAGCUCCAUUGCAGAAUACACACGGCCCAGCAGUGUGUCCAACAUUGAAAUAAGUCCCAACACCACAGCAGCAGUCUUGAGCUGGCAGAGCUUUGAUAAUGCCCCGUCUGCGUACACAUACCGCCUUCGUAUUGACAGCCAUUCCAGCACUCAGAUAGAAAUCAUCACGGACGCUGGGGUCACUAAUGCCACAGUUACUGGGUUAAUACCUGGGUCAUCUUACACCGUACAGAUCUUUGCACGAGCUGGGAAUAUCACUGAGGGAGCGCCUAGCUUCAUGCCAUUCUGUACAGAUGCUGCACCUGUGGACUUCCGCUGUGAGAUGGUCCCCAAAGAGCCAACCUUGGUUCUCGUGUAUGCCUGCCCUGAUGGCGUCAAUGCUGGCUUCUCGCUGGAGGUCAGCGGUGAGGCCUUUUACAACGAAACAUACUUGGAGGGCUGCUCCUCAGACAACGACACUGUGGACAAAAUAUACAGGACAGAAGUCACGUAUUUAAAUUUUUCUACCUCGUACAACAUCAGCAUCACCACUUUGUCCUGUGGAAUGAAUGGAUCCUCCACCCCAAACCUCUGCACCACUAGCAUCACAGACCCUCCUCCUCCAAAUGGAUCCCCUAAUAUCACAUCUAUCAGUCACAACUCAGUAAAGGUCAAGUUCAGUGGGUUUGAAUCUAGCCAUGGACCCAUCAAAGCCUAUGCGCUCAUUCUCACCACUGGGAAAGCUGAGCGCCCUACAGUGGAUGUUUUGAAAUAUAGGUAUGAGGAUUUCAAAAACAAUUCUUCAGAAACUUAUGUGACAUACCUCAUAACAACAGAAGAGAGGCAGUCUUCUCAGGGCUUGUCGGAGGUCUUGAAAUAUGAAAUUGAUGUUGGGAAUGAGUCAACCACAUGCGGCUAUUUCAAUGGGAAGUUGAAACCUCUCGGCUCCUAUCGGGCCUGUGUGGCCGGCUUCACAAAUAUUACCUUUAAUCCUCAAAAUCGGGGCCUCAUAGAUGGAGCCAACAGCUAUGUGACCUUCAGUAACUAUUCUGAUGCCGUUUUCUUGCCCCAGGAUCCAGGUGUCAUCUGUGGAGCAGUGUUUGGCUGUAUCUUUGGUGCCCUGGUUAUUGUGGCUGUGGGAGGCUUCAUCUUCUGGAGGAAGAAAAGGAAAGAUGCAAAGAACAAUGAAGUGUCCUUUUCUCAAAUUAAGCCUAAAAAAUCCAAGUUAAUCAGAGUAGAGAAUUUUGAAGCUUACUUUAAGAAACAGCAAGCUGACUCCAACUGUGGGUUUGCAGAAGAAUAUGAGGACCUGAAGCUGGUUGGCAUUAGUCAGCCUAAAUAUGCAGCCGAACUGGCUGAGAACAGAGGAAAGAACCGCUACAACAAUGUUCUUCCCUAUGACAUUUCCCGAGUCAAACUUUCAGUUCAGACCCAAUCAACCGAUGACUACAUCAAUGCAAACUACAUGCCUGGCUACCAUUCCAAGAGGGAUUUUAUUGCCACACAGGGACCUUUGCCCAACACUUUGAAAGAUUUUUGGCGUAUGGUUUGGGAGAAAAAUGUAUAUGCCAUCAUUAUGUUGACCAAAUGUGUUGAACAAGGAAGGACCAAAUGUGAAGAAUACUGGCCCUCCAAGAAGAUUCAGGACUAUGGGGACAUAACUGUGGCAAUGGCAUCAGAAAUCAUCCUUCCAGAAUGGACCAUUAGAGAUUUCACAGUCAAAAACAUCCAGACAAGCGAGAGUCACCCUCUGCGACAGUUCCAUUUUACCUCCUGGCCAGACCACGGCGUGCCUGACACCACUGACCUGCUCAUCAACUUCCGGUACCUGGUUCGUGACUACAUGAAGCAGAGUCCCCCGGAGUCACCUAUUCUGGUGCAUUGCAGCGCUGGGGUUGGACGGACAGGCACGUUCAUUGCCAUUGAUCGUCUCAUCUACCAGAUGGAAAAUGAGAACACUGUGGAUGUGUAUGGGAUUGUGUAUGACCUUCGAAUGCACAGGCCUUUAAUGGUGCAAACGGAGGACCAGUAUGUUUUCCUCAAUCAGUGUGUGCUGGAUAUUAUCAGAUCGCAGAGGGACUCCAAGGUCGACCUCAUUUACCAGAACACAACUGCCAUGACAAUCUAUGAAAACAUGGCCCCAGCGCCUGUGUUUGGCAAGACCAAUGGUUACAUAGCUUGA